UUAAAUACACAGGCGGCAAAUAAAAAGAGAGGCUUUUAGUUUUUCGGAGUCAGUGACCACCGGAAAUGCGCCAUUGAGCUUAGCAAUCUCGAUAACAGGAAGAAGACAAGAAAUAAUGACUGUCCCUAAAAAACUUUCGGAAGUGGUGUUCAGCAUUUCCGAUCAAGAAGCGCUUCUGAUUUUGUCUUCCAAUAAACGUUUGGAACAUUAUGGUAAAUUCGAUUAAUUUUGAUCUUUGGAACAAAAUUUGAACCAAUAACACGAGCGGAACUGCAACAAGAUAUAACGGAGGCUGUAAAGUGUUCCACCUCAUUAAGUACUUAACAUCACUCUAUAUCACUAUCAAUCUAGAUACUGCGAGCUCCCUCAUAGAUCAAAAACCUAUUGUUUAUUGCACAAGUAAACUUAGGGAAACUGAAACAUACGGUAUUUUGCUUUUCAGUUUAUUUCGUAAAAAUAAUAAACCACCAUUUUAUCGGUUUAAGCCACUUGGAAUGUUGGGAGAACAUUCGACGUUCUCCCAACAUUCUAAGUGGGUUUUUCCGCCUGUAAACCGAAAUAAAGUACGGUCUAUUGCACAACAAAACUAGGAGCGGUACUGGGAGCUGUUAUCGAAAGGGUGUAUGCUCGAAUGCAAUUUUUUGGUUUAUUGGUAGGUGGGAAGAUACACGCUGAAUGGGUGGGAGAAGGGAAGUCAAAUGUUCAGUAAACUCGCUGCUAUCAUUUAAAAUAUGUACUUUACAUUCCAUGUUAUCGAAAGGCUUGUCUUUUGCGCACCAAUAGUUUUGAUAUUCGUUGUAAACAUUCCUUGAUCAACAUUCAUUGAUCAUUUCCAGAUGUCUUUUUCCAAGUUCGUAUCCCCUUGUCACGGUGACAGUAUUGCGAUAUACAACUCUACCAGCGGAGCGGUCAAGUGUCAGGCCUGUGUUAAAUGCCCCCAAGGACGAGGCCUCUCUGUGCAAUGCAGUUCUGUUCAAAGCCCAGAGACACCCAUAGUUUGCGAGCCAUGUGUGCAUGGGAAAACAUACUCAUCUGGAAAAGACGCCGGGGCAUGCUUGAGCUGUGAGAAUUGUGAGGAGUAUCGCGAAACCAUAAAAGCCUGCACUCUGACUUCCAAGGCAGUGUGUGGAAAGUGUAAGCCUGGCGCUUACCAAGAUGACCAGCUAACACGAUUGUGCCAGCCCUGCUCCCGCUGUUGUGAUGAUCAAGAUGAUCAAGUCGAGCCACAGUGCCAAGAAAUGCCUGAAAACAAGCGGUGCAGUUUUCACAGAUCACACGUAUGCAGCAAAGUUAUAACUCGUGCAAAUUUCAGCUCAGUCAGCUCUGUGGAAACAAACCACACAGCAUCACUGGUAUUGGUGUCGUCUCCCACAAGCCAGGUAACCACCUCAUCGAGCAUGCACACUGCAUAUCAGAAGACCCCGGUGGCUGAUCGUCCUUCGAGAGCCGCAAUCAUCGGUGCUGCUGUUGGUGUUACAUUAGCUGUUGUCCUGUUGCUGUUGGUCAUUUGCUAUUUUCUUAAAAAAAAGAGCAAUCACCGAGUAAAUAAGAGGGUUAAUGACGCCGAAAGGCCGCAAGAAACACGAAGCAAAAAAGAGUCUAGUGGAACUGAUUUAGAACGGUUAAACACAGAAAGGUCACAGACAGCAGAAGAUAGUAACGCCACAUCGCCAGGGUCCAAGGAAACUCAAAUACUUGUCCAGAACAGUACAGAUGCCUGCAAGCUAUCAAUAGAGGAAAGUGAGGCUACUUCGCCAGGUGUCGAAGAAACUCAGCCACCGGACUACAACAACACAGAGCACCAGCUGUUCAAGAAGGCUCCCAAAGACAACAGUUGUCACACUAUGGUGAAGACGACCACUAUAAACACCGUGACCUACUGUUCAACUUGUAGUUCUGGUCCAGAAUCUACAGGGUAUGGAGAAGAAUGAAGAGCGGUUGUAUAGAUAAUAAUACUUCAGGUUUUCAGUCUCGAAAUUCGAUGACACUGGUUUUGUAUCCAUUUGAAUUUGUUCAUUGUCCGUCGGAUGAUGAUCUCGGGUGAUGAUCUCGCAGUGUCUAAACGAACGAACAUUUAUGACAAAGCGAUACUCUGUUAGUGAAUACCUAGCAAGCGAGGGGUCCGUUUCUCGAAAGUCCUGCUGACUUAACAAGUUCGAAGCCUUAUUUAAAAAUCAAAAUUUAAGGAAUAGAGAGGCUGGUCAUUUCACCUUAACCUGUCCAUCUU